AUGGCGGCCGCGGCCCGGUUACCAUGGCGACCGCGGCACCGUUAUCACGGCGGACGCGGGCCCGUCACCAUGGCGACCGCGGGCCCGUCACCCGGGCGGAAGCGGCGGAGGGCGGAAGCGCCUCGAGCGGAAGUGGCGACACUUCCCGUCGGGACGGGCGCCAUGGAGGCGGCGGCGGAGGAACGGCGGCGAGAGCGGCGGCGGCGGCGGGAGGCGGCGGUGAAGGUCGAGCGGCGAAGCCCCCGGCGCAGCCCGUCGCCGCCGGGCGAGGAGCGGCGGGGCCCGGCGGGGCCGCGAGCGGGCAGCCGCGGCAGCAGCCCGUUGUUCCCCAGGUCGCCCCGGCGGAGGAGCCGGUCCGGGCGGAGGAGCCGCUCCCCGCGAGGCAGGAGGAGCCGCAGCCACAGCCCGCACCACGGCGCCGUGAGGGUGAAGCAGGAGCGAGAUGAUCACUGUCGCAGGGGGAAUGAGGAGCGGAAGCAGAGGCCCCUGUCAGAGCAGGAGCACCGGCGGGACAGGAGCGGUGACCGGGACAGGAGCGGGGACCGGGACAGGCACAAGGACCACUCAGACAGAAAGAAGAGCGCCGGUGACCGGCCGGCAGCUCGCGGCCACGAGCGCGACGCGCAGAACCUGCGGGAGCAGCAGGCGGAGAGGGAGCUCUACAACGACAGGAGGCGAGAGCACCGGCAGGGCGGCAGCGACCAGAGCGCGGAGCCCUGGCGGUCGGAGAGCAAACCCAAAGAAAAAACCGCUGAGAACAAACAGAAGCCGAGCUUCGAGCUGUCGGGGGCGCUGCUGGAGGACACCAACACCUUCAGGGGCGUGGUGAUCAAGUACAGCGAGCCCCCCGAGGCGCGCAUCCCCAAGACUCGCUGGCGCCUGUACCCCUUCAAGAACGACGAGUUCCUGCCCGUGAUGUACAUCCACAGGCAGAGCGCAUACCUGCUGGGCCGGCACCGCCGCAUCGCCGACAUCCCCAUCGACCACCCCUCGUGCUCCAAGCAGCACGCCGUCUUCCAGUACCGGCUGGUGGAGUACACCCGAGCUGACGGCACCGUGGGCCGCAGGGUGAGGCCCUACAUCAUCGACCUGGGCUCGGGCAACGGCACCUUCCUCAACAACCAGCGCAUCGAGCCCCAGCGCUACUACGAACUGAAGGAGAAGGACGUGCUCAAGUUUGGCUUCAGCAGCAGGGAGUACGUCCUGCUGCACGAGUCCUCAGAUAAAUCCGAGGCCAAUGCAAAGGACGAUGACGAGGAUGAGGAGAAGGAGGAAGAGUCUGACAGUUAACGGAUGAGGAAGAAGUCGGGGAGAGGCAGAGGAGAGAAACUCCUUGCGAUUGAACGGGACUGGGAUGUGAACGUGGAGCAUUGCAGCACUGACGCCUCUUGUUGCCUUAAAGUCCUUUCUGUGUUGCUGGUCUGUUCCCAUCGUUCGUUUUGGGGGUGGCUUUGCUUGUUUUGAUAGUUUUGCAUAUCAGGAAAUACAGCUUUACUUUUUAUUUUAUUUUUCUCCCAAGAAGCUGAAGAGCACCCGGACGUGAAAGCUCUGGUGCUGGAAACCCUCCAGAGAUGUUGCCAGACUCUUCCAGCAAACCAUGUCAAACACGGACAGCAUCUGGAAAAUUAUUUUUGUGGCUUGUUUUGUUGUAGCCCUUUGGAAAUGCUACAGACUAAAGAUUAGUUAGAGAGUACCUGAUGCACGUCCUGUUCCGUAGUUUGCCAAAUUCCUCUGCCUGUUGGGAGUUCUGACAGGAGAACUUACCUGGAUCACUGCUAAAAUGGCAGAAAUGUGGCAAAGACCCUCGCGUAUUUGUAUGUUUUGGGUAUUUAAUUUGCCUCGUGGUGACUGAGGGGUGGGCAUUUCACUGGAAUUCCGCCUGGGAAUCACAAGGGAAUGGGAAACAGAAGUUAAAGAGUUCCUGGAAUUUCAGGUGAUGAGACUGUGACCCGAGUUUCCUGUUCCCACACAUGAUGCUGAAACUGUCCUGGAUGGGGAGUUUCUGUGUUGAAAGCUGGAGCCCUUAUAUCUGACCCCACCCCAGGAUUUGUUUGUGUCACACAGAAACACCUUUGCUUAGGGUGACGUGUUUUAACCAGUUUGCACUAUUUUAAGUUCUCUUUUUAUAAAAUCUUCCCCACACAGUAAAGAAGUCAGUGUUCAGGGGAGAGAAGCACCAGUCCCACUCACUGGGAGUUGCAGGGUCUUUGGUGCCUCCUCCACGUUGCUUUGUGUUCAGUGUGUGUGUCCCACACCUGGCCGAUCCCCCUGGGUGUUUGUGGUGUCCCCUGUUCGUCCCUGCUGUGUACUGACACCAGGGUGCUUGUUGUACACGUUGACAGUGUAAAUACGGGGCGUUGCUCUGGGGUUUCACAUGGGUAGGAUGGGGUUUGAGCAGGAGGAGCUCCUUUAUAUCUGCUCCAAGGGUUUUUAAAUAAACAGUUUGUAAAUUUA